CUCUGAUUAACCGCCAAUUUCAAUAAUGGCUCCUCCGCGUCGAGCUCGCUCCCCAAACGGCGCUCGCGUUCAUUAUGAAGAAAACUCAGAAGGCGACGACAGCGAGCAAGAAACCCCGCGACUCCAGAAGUCGCACCUCAAAAAACGACUGAGCGAGGCCUACAUCCCGGAUGGCGACGCCAGCUUCACGUCCGAGAGCGGCCAGCCGGGUCCUGGUGGAGCACGGGCGCCUCUCAAAUCCGUGAAUAUUAACGACGACGAGGCGGAGAAGAGGAGACGGAGGAAGAGCAUGUAUCCUGGAAUGCUGGAGAACGCUGUCGCAGGCCCCUCAUCCGAGGGUAACCAGGACGUCUCGGGCGAUUCGUCCAGGACGAUGGGCAGGACCAAGCAACUCCUCACGUCUGUGGCAUCCCAGCCCGUGCCCAAAGUUCAGAUCGACAUUGUGAGCUCGAGAUUCGAGGAAUGGAUGAAAAUGGCGACCGACAACAAAAUUAACGCGGGUAACUCAUGGGACUUUGCGCUCAUCGACUAUUUCCAUGACAUGUCGCUGUUGCGGAAUAAUGACGACAACUCGAUCAACUUUCAGCGCGCGUCCUGCACUUUGGACGGUUGCGUGAAGAUUUGGACGUCGCGUGUUGACAGUCUUGGAACCGAGACGGGAAAGCUUCUGAGCAAUCUUGCGUCCGGCAGGAACGACGAUGACGACGACGAGAAUUCCGAUAACCCUGACGGUGGUCCGACGCAGAAGAAGAAAAAAUCGUCGCGGUCAGGCAACCACUGGCUUGUCAAGGACUAUGCAGCUAUUCAACUUCAAAAGUUCGAUCUGGAGUUCAGCGUUGACCCUCUGUUCAAGAAGACCAGUGAAGACUUUGACGAGGGUGGUGCCCGAGGCUUGCUCAUGAACCACCUGAGCUUAGGCUUGGGAAGUGAUGGUGGAAUGCGCGUCAUUUUCGACGCCAGUGACUCCGUCUUUAAGGAGGACGACGAAGUUGUGGACGAACCGGUUGACCUUAUUGACCUCAGCGAACUUCGGGAGAAAUUCCUCCCUGACUUGGAGGUUCUUGAGAACAAAGCUAUCUCCCACUCCCUCGCCGGGUUCACUUUCUCGAAAGAUUUCGACUUUGACAGUCAGGGCAACACCCAACAAGAAAUUACAACAGCAAGAUUCGAUGACAUUGACGAUGAUAACGACUCUGACGAUGGUCCAGCGGGAGGCGACUUCCACAUGGACGUUGACCAGAAUCCUGGAGCAGUGGAAGACUUCUUCGAAACUCAAGACGGCGCACACGACGACUAUGCCUUUGGUGGUCAAGACAUGGGUGGUGAUGAUUUCGGCGGGGAAGGGUCGAACGGAGGGUCGGUGGGACCUGUUGCUCCUGGCGAGGACGGUCCAAUGGGUCCUCCUAUGCCUUUCGACCCUCGUAAAGAACCCAAUCAACGCGAGUUGUUCUUGGCCAUGGACGGAGAGGGAGAUGGCGCAUUGGACUACUUCGACAGUCAGUUCCGCAGGAAUUGGGCUGGCCCUGAGCAUUGGAAACUGCGACGCCUUCAAAAUGCAAAUCUCAAUUCUAAUAACGCGGGCGAGAACAAGCAACCAAAGACCAGGACGAAGAAGGAACCUGUGAAGAUCGACUUCUUAACCCCUUCAGAGAAGAGUUUGAAGGCGAUCAAGGAAGAACUCUUUGCGCCUGUCGGGAAGGGUCAGAGCAUCAAUCUACCGGGCACUGGACCCAAAACUCGGAAGAAGAAAGACAAGAAGAAAGAUGACCAUCGCUUGCCAGACGAUAUGCAUUUCUCAAGUCGACAGUUGGUCACCCUCUUCUUGAAGCCUAAAUUCUUCUUGAAGAUGCGCGGGCGGCGGGCAAGAAUGAACAACGAUGACGGCGAGAUCGACGAAAACUUCUGGGCGCAAGCUGCUGCUGAUCAAGCUCGAGCUCGUGAAGGAGAUCAGGACGAUGAUGGCGGCCAUGUGCCCUUCAGCACCCAAUUCUUCAACGACGAUGACGAUGAUGGUCCUGGCGGAUUCGACGAUCCGUAUGGAGAGAUUGGUCCUUCCGUUAUCGAUGCUGGCGAGCAGGAUUUGUUGGCCGCUACUCAAGGCCAGACCAGGCGCAUCAAGCCCGAGGCAAUCAAUUACGCGAAACGAGCUAAGCGUGUCGAUGUUCGCAAACUCAAAGAGAACAUUUGGAACCACCUCGACAUUGUUGUACCCAAGUCUAAACCGGAGGACGGAAUGGACGUGGACGAUGAUGAGAACGAGAAAGACAAGAGGCCUCCUACUGAUCCAAACGAGGCCCGCCAAUUCAGCCAAGUCGUCACUGGCCUCAAGAACUCGUAUCCGGCCGACAAACUGGAGGAGAUCAGCACGAGUUUCUGUUUCAUCUGUUUAUUGCAUUUGGCGAACGAGCAAGGUUUGAAACUUGAGACGGCGAGUGGCAAUGGGGACGGUGACGAUAUGCCUGUGGAUUCCAUUAUCCCUGAUGAUGAUGACGACGAGAUCGCUGCUGGUAAACCAGGGAAUGACCUCUGGAGUAUAAAGAUUUACCGCGACCCUAAUGCAACGCAAUCAGCAUGAUACCCUGUGCAUAUGGACUUGUAGUAAUCC